AUGGCCUCCAUCACGUCUCUCAUCAUCCAUCCCUCACCCAGAGCUUCUGCUUCUCUGCCCCUAUCGCAUAACCCACGAUCUCUCCCUCACUCAGCACCUCUGCUCCAUUGCCUCCAUCACAUCAUCCAUCAUCCAUCCCUCACUCAGGACCUCUGUUCCAUGGCCUCCAUCACAUCUCACAUCAUCCAUCCCUCACCCAGAACCUCUGCUUCAUUGCCUCCAUCACAUCUCCCAUCAUCCAUCCCUCACCCAGAACCUCUGCUCCAUUGCCUCCAUCACAUCUCCCAUCAUCCACCCCGCACUCAGGACCUCUGCUCCAUUGCCUCCAUCACAUCUCCCAUCAUCCAUCCCUCACUCAGGACCUCUGCUCCAUUGCCUCCAUCACAUCUCCCAUCAUCCAUCCCUCACUCAGGACCUCUGCUCCAUUGCUUCCAUCUCAUCACCCAUCAUCCAUCCCUCAUCCAGGACCUCUGCUCCAUUGCCUCCAUCACAUCUCCCAUCAUCCAUCCCUCAUCUAUGGCGGGCACUCCACUAAAUCUCUUGACAUGA